CUUUUCCCAUUCUUUUAUCUCCCAAAUACGAAUUAACUAUACUAAUGGCCCUACUCCCUUUACACCAAAAGCAAAAGAAGGAACAAAAACACCACAACACUUAUUAAGUAACUAAGAACAAUGAAGGAGAUAUUGAUAACAAACACAAUGGUGAUGAUGAACAAAACUAACACCAUAUUCUCCCAAGACCAAAAUCCAAAACCCCCCAUGAAUAUGAAUAUGAAUAUGAAUAUGAAUAUGAAUAUGAAUAUGAAUAUGAAUAUGAAUAUGAUGACCACCACCCCCAUUUCCCCAACCUGGAAACUCUACGAGAAUCCCUUUUACAUCUUCCAUCAACAACACUCCACCACCACCGAUCAUAUUCACAAACUCCACCUCCCCAUCUCAUCCCGCAACCUCGCAGCCUCUUUUAUCGACCUAGCCUUCAUCAAGCCGCCGAACACGGACUACUCGAGAGCUCUCAAGAAGAUGAAGUCUCUCAACCGGCGGCUGGAGAGGGAGGUGGCCGAGGAGAGGCAGGGGCGGGAGGCGCUGGAGCGCGCCUGCCACGACCUCGCAGAUCAGGUGUCGGCCCACAAGGCCGAGAUCGUGAGAUUGAAAAGAGAGAUGGAGGAGGAGAGGAAGAUGCUGCGCACGGCCGAGGUCAUCCGCGAGGAGCGCGUGCAGAUGAAGCUCUCGGAGGCGAAGAUCUUCCUCGAGGAGAAGCUCUCCCGCCUCCAAACCAGUACACCUUCUUCAUCUAGAAAUGAUCAUCAGAAGGCUAUGACGGAGAAUCCGCAUAUAAAGAGAGGGAUUAAAGGGUUUGUUGAGUUUCCGAAAGUGGUGAGAGCGAUCGGUUGCAGAAGCAGCAAGCAUUUGGGAAGCAAAUUAGAGUGUCAGAAGGCGCAGCUGAAGAUACUACUCAAGCAGAAGGGGCCGGUUAGAUUCAGUGCUGGCCAUAUUACAAGAUGAGAUCUAUUUUUUUCAUGUAAUUACUCUUUUAAUUUUUAUUAUGUUUCUUGAUUUGUCCUGAUUUUGAUUUUUUAUGCAUUUUAUGAAUGGAGCGAAAUAAUAUUUCCAUUGGGAGUUAGGAGUA